UACAACUCCCAGAACGCCGCCCGGAAAUGACGCGGGCUCCGUCGUGACGUCCUUCGCGAGCAGCGCGGGGAAAGCGAUGCGAAGUUUUAUCCCGCGGUGGAGGACCCGCUGCAAAUCAAACUCGUUUCUCACGAAGCGCAUCUUGUCGAGUAACGCAUAAUGUCUGAGACGCCGCCGUGUGCCGGUUAUCCCGAGGACACCCUGCGCUCUCUGGCUCACAGACUGCCAUGCAGAGAGGUCCAGCUCAAGUCACUGCUAUCACUCAUGGGACAGCCAGAUCAAUACAGUUAUCCUUCGAUCUUCAUCUACGGCCACAGAGCAACGGGGAAGAGUCACGUGGUGCUCUCCAUCAUGAAAGACUUGGAGCUGCCCCACGCGUCAGUGAACUGUGUUGAGUGCGUGUCCAGCGGGCUUCUCUUCCACCAGGUGCUGUCUGCCUUUUCCGGGGCCGAUGCUGCAGCGCUGCUUCCCCGUUGCCCGUCUUUGUCCGAUUUUGUGCGACUGUACAAACAAGCGAGCUCCGGCUCACCUGCCGCUCAGACACGCUACAUAAUUCUGGACCGAGCCGAACGCAUGAGAGAUAUGGAUUUUGGUCUGCUUCCUGCUCUUCUGCGCCUGCAGGAACUGGUAAAUGAUAAUGUGACGGUCAUAUUGCUCAGCGAAAUUGUGUGGGAAAAGUUUCGUCCCAACACUGGAUGCUUCGAACCUCUGCUCUUUAAUUUUCCAGACUACAGUAAAGCGGAGCUGGUGCAGAUUCUGUCUCAGGAUCAUCACCCAUCCUACACGCCUGAGCUCUACGCUUCCUACGUCAACAUCCUGCUGGGGGUCUUCUUCUCCGUGUGCAGAGAUCUGAGAGAGCUCAGGCACCUGGCUGCCCUGAAUUUCUCCAAGUUCUGUGAACCCCUGGAGAAAGGAGAAGCCAAAGAGAGUGAUAUUCACAAGUUAUGGAAAAACAUCGAGCCCCAUCUGCAGAGAGCCAUGCAGACGGUUUACCUCCGAGAGGUGUCCAGCAUGCAGUGGGAGCAGCAGCAGAUGGACGAGAAGGAGGCCACGACCCUCAGAGGUUUAUCAGCACACGCUCACAUAGAGCUGCCGUAUUACUCCAAGUUUCUGCUGAUCGCUGCAUACCUGGCGUCCUUUAACCCUGCCCGCACAGACCGCCGCUUCUUCCUCAAGGUGCAUCGGAGCAUUUUGAUCUCUUUGUUAUGUGUCAUGAGUCAUGUGAUCACUAACAAACAAAGCCUGUCUUUGCUUCAGAGUCACGGGAAGAUAAGAAAGACCAAUUUCUUGAAGAAACACGAGAAGACUAGUAACCAUCUGUUGGGGCCGAAGCCUUUUCCUCUUGACAGACUGUUGGCCAUAUUCUACAGCGUGGUCGACAGCAGGGUUGCACCUACAGCCAGUAUCUUCUCGCAGAUUUCGUCUCUAGUGACCCUGCAACUUCUCUCUCAAGUGGGGCACGAUGACCAGCUGGACUCGCCCAAGUACAAAUGUGCAGUUUCACUGGACUUCAUUCUCGCGAUCUCCAGAACUGUGGGCUUUGAUGUGGUCAAGUAUCUGUACGACUUCCUGUGAUCCUCUUGCAGCGGACAUGAACCCGGCAUCUAAGCGGACAAAGACACAUCACAUGAAAUUAUGGACAUGAAUGGAAUGCUUUAGAAAAAUGUGUUACAGGAUUCCUGCAUUUUUUUUUUUUUUUUUUUUUUUUUGUCCAAUCAGAUGCAACCAUGGGAAAUACUCAUCGUUUGUAAAAGAGACUGGGUUUGGUGCGUUAACAUGUGACACCACUUAAUAUCAGUCCAAUAAAUACUGUAUAGUUUGUAAUAAAAUGAA